AACUCAUCCUUUGCACUAAGCAUUGCAAUAUGGAAACCUCAUUGCCUCUUGCUAGUGAUAGUUUUUCAUAUAGUUGGUUAUCAAACUCUAAUAAUUUAUCUUUGGAUUAUCUUGAUGAUGAUCCUCAUAGAGUCUCUAUUACAAGUUUCUAUGAAGAUAGUACCUCAAAUAAUGGCCAAAGCUUCAAUUUUGAUACUUGUAUCUCUCAAUCAAAUCUUGUACUUGUUCAUGCUGAUGAGAUUUUCUCCAAUGGCUUUCUUAUGCCAUUUUUUGUUGACCCUUAUACUCAAGAAUCUAUUCAAAAUACAAAGAUUGGUGCUUCUUUUUCUUCUAGCAAUUUUUCUUCAAGAAAUGUGAAAACUCAUCAUGGUUUUCUUAUAAGGUUGAGAAAAUCAACAUGGAGAACUUUGGUACAAUUUUUUAGGUAUGUUAACCAAUUAAGGCAGAAAGUGGAGAGGUCAAGGAAAAGCAUUAAAGUGAGAGUUGAUGAUAUGGAUGAAAUAGAUUGGCAAGUUAAAAGUUUGAGAAGCAGUUCACAGAUAGCAUCUUCAAUUGGUGAUUUUCAUGAUAACUCAAUUUAUGAAGCAGUUCUUCACUGCAAAAAAUCAAUAGGAAAAUGAUCUUUGGGUAAAGAGGAGAAUAUUAUUGUUUUUGUAAGUAGGGGACACCUAGAAAUGUAUGGUGCCUGAUUGAGCAUUCUAUUUUUUUUUUAGUGUUGCUAUCCUUACACUCUAUUCUUACACUAUGUAGUUACACCAUGUCAAAUACAGCAAUGCAUGAGUACUUUUGUAUUGGAAAAAGUGAAGAGUGAUUAUUAAAUAUAAAUAAAAUCAAACAAACUGUAU